AUGUCCUCGCAAUCGCCGUCUCAGACACCAGACGAGCAGCGCGUUGCCGAAGCGCGCGCUGCCGUCACGGCAUCUCUGUCCUCGGUCGGCGGGUCCAUGAACGCCGAAAUGCGGCAGCGCGCAGCCGACAUACACGCGAACGCAGCGGCCAUCGAGAAACAGGAGAAGGAACUGGCAAAGCAGACGGCGGCGCUGGCCAAGGACGGCGACAAAUGGCAGAAGAUGGCGGACCAGAACGUCAAGAAGCUCAACGAGAUGGGAGACCUCCAGAACUGGACCGAGAUGAUCGAGCGCGAUCUGCUGGUGGUGGAAGAAACGCUCCGGCUGGCGGAAGGCGAAGCCGAUCAGGGAAACGCAAGCGGGACAAACGGAUGGACGCGGGGUUAA